CCGGCCCGGCCCGGCCCGCAGUGAGCAUGGGCGCGGCGGCCGUGCGCUGGCACUUGUGUGUGCUGCUCGCCCUGGGCGCGUGCGGGCGGCUGGCGGGGGGCAGCGGGCUCCCAGCAGGGGCCGUCGAUGUGGACGAGUGCUCGGAGGGCACGGACGACUGCCACAUUGAUGCCAUCUGCCAGAACACGCCCAAGUCCUACAAAUGCCUCUGCAAGCCAGGCUACAAGGGGGAAGGCCGGCAGUGUGAAGACAUCGACGAGUGUGAGAAUGACUACUACAACGGGGGCUGCGUCCAUGAGUGCAUCAACAUCCCGGGGAACUACAGGUGCACCUGCUUUGACGGCUUCAUGCUGGCACACGACGGACACAACUGCCUGGAUGUGGACGAGUGUCAGGACAACAACGGAGGCUGCCAGCAGAUCUGCGUCAACGCCAUGGGCAGCUACGAGUGCCGGUGCCACGGCGGCUUCUUCCUCAGCGACAACCAGCACACCUGCAUCCACCGCUCCAACGAGGGUAUGAACUGCAUGAACAAAGACCAUGGCUGUGCCCACAUCUGCCGGGAGACGCCCAAAGGUGGGGUGGCCUGCGACUGCAGGCCCGGCUUUGACCUUGCCCAAAACCAGAAGGACUGCACACUAACCUGUAACUAUGGAAACGGAGGCUGCCAGCACAGCUGUGAGGACACGGACACGGGCCCCACGUGUGGCUGCCACCAGAAGUACGCCCUCCACUCGGACGGCCGGACGUGCAUUGAAAAGGAUGAGGCUGCAAUUGAGCGCUCUCAGUUCAAUGCCACGUCAGUAGCUGAUGUGGACAAGCGGGUGAAACGGCGGCUCCUCAUGGAGACAUGUGCAGUGAACAAUGGAGGCUGCGACCGGACGUGUAAGGACACAGCCACCGGUGUGCGCUGCAGCUGCCCGGUGGGGUUCACACUGCAGCCGGAUGGGAAGACGUGCAAAGACAUCAAUGAGUGCCUGGUCAACAACGGAGGCUGCGACCACUUCUGCCGGAACACCGUGGGCAGCUUCGAGUGUGGCUGUCGGAAGGGCUACAAGCUGCUGACCGACGAGCGGACGUGCCAAGACAUCGACGAGUGCUCCUUCGAGCGGGCCUGCGACCACACUUGCAUCAACUCCCCGGGCAGCUUCCAGUGUCUCUGCCACCGCGGCUACACGCUCUACGGGACCACCCACUGCGGAGAUGUGGACGAGUGCAGCAUGAACAACGGCAGCUGCGACCAGGGCUGUGUCAACACCAAGGGCGGCUACGAAUGCGUCUGCCCCCCCGGGAGGCGCCUGCACUGGAACCGCAAGGACUGCGUGGAGACGGGCAGGUGCCUCUCCCGGGCCAAGGCCUCACCCCCGGCCCAGCUGUCCUGCGGCAAGGCGGGCGGUGUGGAGAGCUGCUCCCUUGCCUGCCCUGGCCACACACUCUUCAUGCCAGACUCGGACAACAGCUACAGCCUGAGCUGCGGUGUCCCCAGCCUCCAGGGCAAGGCGCUCCAGAAACGCAACGUCACUAGCUCCAGCGCCGGGCCCAGCUGCUCAGGUGCCCCCACCGCCCUCAUCAGGCAGAAGGCACGCUUCAAGAUCCGAGACGCCAAGUGCCGCCUCCAGCCCCGAAGCCGGGAGCCAGCCAAGGAGGCCCCGAGGCAGCUGCUGCUGGAAAACUGCCACCUGACCUUUGUGACCCUCAAGUGUGACUCCUCCAAGAAGAGGCGCCGCGGCCGGAAGUCUCCAUCCAAGGAGGUGACCCACAUCACGGCCGAGUUCGAGGUGGAAACAAAGGUGGAAGAGGCCUCAGACACCUGUGAGGCCGACUGCGUGCGGAGGCGAGCGGAGCAGAGCCUGCAGGCCGCCAUCAAGACCCUGCGGAAGUCCCUGAGCCGGCAGCACUUCUCCGUGCAGGUCGCGGGCACCGAGUACGAGCUGGCCCAGCGGCCGGCCAAGGCCCCAGAGGGCCCGGGGACCUGCGGCCCCGGCCACGCGCCGCAGGACGGCAAAUGCGUGGCCUGCGGGCCUGGCACCUACUUCAGCGGAGAGCCUGGCCAGUGUGUGCCGUGCCUACCGGGGACCUACCAGGACGGGCUCGGCCAGCUCAGCUGCACACCGUGCCCCAGCAGCGACGGGCUCGGCCUGGCUGGUGCCCGCAACGUAUCCGAGUGCGGAGGCCAGUGCUCUCCAGGGUCCUUCUCCACCGACGGCUUCAGGCCCUGCCAGGCCUGCCCCGUGGGCACCUACCAGCCUGAACCUGGGCGCACAGGCUGCUUCCCCUGCGGAGGGGGCCUGCUCACCAAGCACGAGGGCUCCGCCUCCUUCCAAGACUGUGAGGCCAAAGUGCACUGCUCCCCCGGCCACCACUACAACACCACCAGCCACCGCUGCAUCCGCUGCCCCGUCGGCACCUACCAGCCCGAGUUCGGCCAGAACCACUGUAUCACCUGUCCAGGCAACACCAGCACGGACUUCGACGGCUCCACCAACGUCACUCACUGCAAAAACCAGCACUGCGGCGGCGAGCUCGGCGACUACACGGGCUACAUCGAGUCCCCCAACUACCCCGGCGACUACCCAGCCAAUGCCGAGUGUGUGUGGCACAUCUCGCCGCCCCCCAAGCGCAGGAUCCUCGUCGUGGUCCCCGAGAUCUUCCUGCCCAUCGAGGACGAGUGUGGCGACGUCCUGGUCAUGAGGAAGAGCGCCUCACCCACAUCCAUCACUACCUAUGAGACCUGCCAGACCUACGAGAGGCCCAUCGCCUUUACCUCCCGCUCCCGGAAGCUCUGGAUCCAGUUCAAAUCCAACGAAGGCAACAGCGGCAAAGGGUUCCAAGUGCCCUACGUCACCUACGACGAGGACUACCAGCAGCUGAUCGAAGACAUCGUCCGCGACGGACGGCUCUACGCCUCAGAGAAUCACCAGGAAAUUUUGAAAGACAAGAAGCUGAUCAAGGCCCUCUUUGACGUGCUGGCACACCCCCAGAACUACUUCAAGUACACGGCCCAGGAGUCCAAGGAGAUGUUUCCUCGCUCCUUCAUCAAACUGCUGCGCUCCAAGGUGUCCCGGUUCCUGCGGCCCUACAAGUAACGCAGGGACGGCGGCCCUGCUUGGGUGCCGGCUGCCCGGAGAGGGGAGAGCCCCUCCACAGUCGAAGCCGAAGGCGGAUCCGCGGGCCCCCCCACACUGGCUUGGGAACCGCCGUGGCGCCUGCCCUUUGGGAAUUGCUGACCAGCCGGUGGAUGGCGAGACCAAGUCCAGGCAGAAAGCCCAGCCCAGCUGCCCUCCUCCAACCCCGCUCUGGUGGGAGAACAUUGCUCAAGGCAGCCUUUCUGUCUCCCUCCCUCACCCUGCCUGUUCCCUUCCAGAACACUGAGGGCACCUGCUGCUCCCAGGCCGGCCCCAGCGGAUGCCUGCCGGGCCGGGACCUCGACCACCAGCUGGGCAGGUCCCAGGCAGAGCGGGCCCCUGGAGAGCAUGCGUGCCCUCUGCCUGGUGCUCUGGGGGAGAUGGGGGCCGUGGCUGCCGUGUCUCAGGGAGGCGCUCAGAGGCAGAAUCCGGGACGGGAGGCCAGGCCGUGGAAGGAGGGGUGCGUGAAGGCUCGGCUGGGGACUCUGAUGAGCCAGGCUCCAUGUCUGCGGAGCGUCACACCCACAGGUGCCUCUGGGUCACAGGGCCCAGGCCCUGGGCGAGGGUGUUGUCGGAGCCUCAGGAUUCCCUGAUGGGACUGAAGAGGGGAGCUGGGAGGGAAGAGUGAGAUGUGUCCUUCCCCAGGACAGAGCAUCUAACUGAGGACUAUGUCCGUGUAAAUAUAAAUACAAAGAUAUAUAUACUUCUAUCUGCGGGCGCGGGGGAACUGCUCUUCAGUAACGCUAAGUACGCAUCGCCACCCCUUCUCCCGUGAGCGAGCAUGAGCCCAGCUGUUGCCGACAUCCCCGACCGAGGAAACGGCCUCUCCGGGCACUCGCCCCCUCCGUUUACAGAGGCCGGGAGCCUGUGGGACUGAGGAGGCAGCCGGCUGGCCCCGGACACACUUUGGAGUACAGACUGGGGGCCCGGGGUGCUGCCCUUGGGUGGAAAGUGUGUUCCCCUCAGACCCUUCCUGGGGGGCCCAAGGGCCCGGUGGUAAACUUCGAAAGGGGCCUGCGUCUGACCUGAGGCCGUGACCGCAGAGUCCAUGCUGAGCCCGCUGGCCACCGGGAGGCAAGGCUUCCCCCCACCCCGUGCGCGCGGGCCAUGCUGAGCGCCUCCAGGCAGGCACACGGCACCGGGAGGGGUGGGCGCGGCCCCCAGGCGGAGGCCGCCGGCCAUCAGGGGCCUGGUCUUCCUGCUCCGCCCAGCGGCCUACCUCUCCCCGUCUCUCUUUGAAACAAGGAUGGUCUGGAGUGUGAGCGGGCUGACCGCAGCCUUCUCAGCCAGCUCCCGGGAUGGGGCUCGCGAGGACUGCCGACAGGCCGAGGCCUGGCCUGCUGCCUCGUGGUGACCGCCGGCCGCAGGACCCGCAGGACCCGCAGGCCCAGGGCCCCGGAGCGUUAGGUUACCAGACGUUCUGCAUCCCGGGAGCACGAGAGAGACCCAGCGCGAGCUCCCAUCACCCGCCCCCGUGGCCUCCAGAUGGUUCCCUCCUUGCCCAGGCCCACGCACACUGCCAGGGCCGAGCCCAGCUAAGGCGCCCAGAUGAGGCGCCGAGGGUGUGAAGCCUGGGGGCGGGUGCGUGAAGCCUCAGGAGGCUGGGCUGGGUUUACGAUCCUCCCAGGGCUGGGCACUCAGGAAUCACUGCCGUUACCUGCAUCCUCGGAGGCAGGUUCCCAGCCUCACCAGGGUUGCCAUCAGCGCCUCCUCAGCCAAACUCCGGCUCAAGCGGGCUGGGGGGCCCCAUCUGGUCAGUAGGGCAGUGUCGGGGGAGCCCCAUCCAGGCCGCGCCGCCCCCACCCGGGCACGGUCCAUGAAGGCCAGCCCUAGUUUGCAGAGAGAGCCCUGUCCUCCAUGUCAGGCCAUCGUCCUCCCCCGGAAAUAGACGAGCAUCCUCCAAAAUGAACCCCCCAGAGCAGCCACCUAGGGGAGUGCACUGGGAAGUGUUAUUUUUGCAUUUUUUUUAAUCCUCUCUGGAUUAUUUUUGACCCAAAGAAGACCCAGAAAGAGCUCUCCUCUCUCUGGAGCUCUUUCUGCUGCUCCUCUGGGUGGUUUUUGGCAGUUGCCACCCGCACGCCCACUAACCUACCCACCCUGUCGACGGGAGCCCCCCACCUCCAUCCACGGCUCACCACACCACUGUGGUCAGACCCUGCCUCCUGUCCCCCAGGCAGGGCAAGACAGGGACCCUGCCUGACCAUCUCAAGUGCCACGGGGCUAGCAGUCCAAACUGACUAGCACCCACAGUCACCAUCCAGCCCUCCCUCCCCAGUAAAACCGCCUCCCACACCAUCAUCAGGGGACUUGGAAGUCCCCGGGCGAGGGCUGGGGGAUCUGUCCCAAAUCUCCACAUCAGCCCUCAGUCCCAGGCUGAGGAACCUGGGGGGUCCCCCCUGUUAAACGUAGACCUGUUGCCACUCCUUGGGGCCUGGUGGUCCCGGAGGAGUCUCUCUGGACCACACAGUUUGUUUCUUCACGUUCCCAUGUUGUGGACACAGGUGGUACAUUGGCUGAUCCAGGAUGGCCAUCCCACCUGGCUCCAGGUGGAGAUGGAGAGGAAAGGAAGGCAGAGAAGGUCUGGCCCAGGUAGGCAGGUUCUGCGCUGUGUUCUGAAGGAGGGAAGGAGGCCUGGACAGGAGCUGCAUGGGCUGAGCCAGAGGAGCACAGCCUGCUCCAGGACGGGAGCUUGGCCUUGAGCAGCCGCAGAGCCCUGUCCCAGCCAGGGCCCGCCCUGCCCCCCUCACCUGGACCCUCAGUGGCUGGCCAUCGUUAAACUCUACGGAGAGGAGCCGAGCGACAUAUUUCUGGAAGCGGAAGCCUGCCUGGCUGGCUGGGACUGAAAGCAGGUGCCAAGGCCUGUGGUGGGUCCAGUGAGCUUGGUUCUGAUCCAGUGGAGCUGGGGCCACAAGAGUAGGUCUGCAGAGAUGCGGUGGAGAACUCCAGUGCCCUCCUGCGGGCCGGCUGGGCACCUUCUGGCUUGCUGCUUCCAUGAAAAUGCAGCGAGGGAGGAGAAGGAAACUCCUCAGGUCUAGCCAAGCCCUCCGCCAGGGAGUGAGGUCACCCCUCUGCUUCCCCGGAGUUGGGCCCAUUUUCCCCCAACUCUCUGGUAGCUUCGCCAGAGCCUCCAGCUGCCUCGUGCUGGUGCUGCCCUCCUCCUCCCGCCGGGGCUCUCCUUUAGCCUCAGACAGCAAGUCGCACCUGCCAGGGGUGGGGGCCUGCUCCCAGCUCCUCCUCGCCUGGAGGAGAUCAUGGGGACCAAGGUAGUGACCUCGGGCAGCUUUCCCUGCUGCCACUAUGGGUUUGGGGCACGCAGAUACAGUAGAAUUGAGACCCCAGGCCAAGAAGCUUGCAGGCAGGGAUGGCCAGCAGAGACCCUCUUCCCCACACCACUCAGAAACCCACCCUUCCCACCCUCAUUCUCCCAGAGACACUGGCAGAGUCACCCAUUUUCCCCGAGAGGAGGCCCCCCACCUGCUGGAGCAGGCGCCUAAGCAGGGGCCUGAAUAAUCCUUCGAGCACCUCCACCACCACCCCUGCUGAAAACAAGAGACUAAACUCAGUCAGGUCAUUCAGCAAACGUGUGCUGAGCACCUCCUGUGUGCCAGGCUCCCAGAGACAUCGAGACCCUGAAGCCCAGGAGCCAGCAGGUGCCCCCUGGAAGGCCCUCUGGUCACAGAGAAGAAGGAGACGGAGGCCUGCGUGGCAGAGCCCAGCACCUCCAUCGGGAGAAAGCCAGCCCUCUGUCCUCGCCUCCCAGGACCCCAGGCGGGGGUAGAGGGGCAGAGCAGGGAGAAUCGAGCGUACAGUUUUGAGAAAGACACCCUGACGGAGACACUGCAGCCAGCCAGGCCUCACUGAGCAGCUGCCCUCUCCACCCACAGAGAGAGAAGCACCUGGGCCAACACGCCCAGGACCCCCAUCUCCACCCCAGCGCCUCGCCCACUGCCUGGCCGGGCACCAGCACAGUCGGUGCCCAGGGAGGGAGGCUCCCUGCUUAGCACCCAGGGGGCCGCGGCCAUGCCUGCCUCCUCCCCUCCCUGCCUAGGAGCUCAGUCGGACUGGUCAACCGCGUCCGGGACCAAGGCCCCUCUUCCUCGCCAGAGAUACACGUUGGGGCAGCUACAGCCCCAAACCAACGUCCUUCAGGCCAGAGCGGGAGGACUCGAUCUUUGAGACACUGCCCGUCACCCAAGGAGAACCAGGGCGAGAGCUCCUCCCGCCCACAGCCGCCCCCGCCCCGCAUACCACCCGCCCUGCCAGGAGGCAUCCUGAGCACUUGCUGUGCUCCAGCCACAGGGACACCCGGAGCUGCAGUCGCCAAGCCGGCCGGCCUGGCUCCACACAGGGGACAUCAGCAGCACCCAGGCGACAUGGUCGUGUGUGGCCUCACACUUUCUCCCCACGCUCUGCUCAGGAACAAGGGCUGAAAGUGCCUUCGGACAGAGAUGGGCCUCUGCCCUCUCCCCCUAGGGGGACAGAGGGGCUCAGACUGAGGGGCUCUGGGUGACUUCAUCCGAGACCGGCACGCAGCCCUGGAAGAUGCCCAGCGCCCCUCCCGACCUGCCCCUCUGCCAGCUUCUGGGUGUCCCGAGAGCGUGGAGGAAAAGGAGGAGAAAAAGAGAAAGCUGGCUAAUGCGAAGUAUUGUUUUUCAGUCCGGAGGCCACGAAGAUCUGCAGGGAAACUUCUUAUUCCACUGAGGUCAAAACCUUAACAAGUCUGGGCAUCCCCAGCCCGUGUUCCUGUAGAAACAGGAUGGCUGAGCACCGCUGGCGGGGGUGGCGUGCUGCAGGGGGAUGGUGGGCGGACGGGUAGCCGACCCCAGUGCCUGCGGCCUUUGGCGUGGGCCUCCGCGGAGGCGCCAGCUGUACCGUCCCAGGAGCUGCCUGAAAGAGUGACAGGUAGCAGUGUAACCGCCUUUUUCUUUUAGCUGCCUCAGAUAUUCAACGUUUUGUUUUUGCCAUCAUGCUCAUACAUAUGCAUGUAAUGAAACAUUUGUGAAAAGUCACUUUCGUAAUAAACAAGAAAUGAACUGA